AUGUCAAGCUACAUCUAUGAUGCCACAACCCCUUGCCCCUCGCGGCUGAGGAUUUCGGCAUCUGAUCGAAGCAGCGACAGAAGCUCGCUUGAUAGUCUCUGGGACAGAAGCAUCACCAGCGGUGACUCAACCGAGGACAUUGAUUUCACGACCGAGAUAAGACCCUCGGUCCUGACGGGCGCCAAACCCAGACGGAAAACUCGAUCGAACGCGUCCUUCAUGAUCCAUGAUGACCACGAGGUGGAUUCCGCGCAGGCCGCCCAUGGACCGAGAAAAGAAGUCACCGCGACAGCUAUCCAUUCGACCCGCAAGAAGUCCUUGCUUGCCCAGCCGGCUCAGAGAUUCCGCUCGAAGGUCAGCUUUGUCGCUAGCCCACAGAGACAAUCACGGCGCUCAGAGGGAGUCAUCACGAUGUCGCAGCAGCAAAAGAGGCAGGAUCAACUUGAGAAUAAUGAGCUUCUGACGCAGAUCAAUGGACGGAACCAGGGAUUGCAGUCCAAGGAUACCCUCAAGAAAGCUGUCCGUCGUAACACGAUCUACAUACCCCCAGAUGAUACUACAGUCGCGAGCGUGUUCAUGGGCCCACUUAGCCCCCAAAAGACCGCAAAUGUGGAAAGCCUUCUUCGGGAGGACACGCAGAUCAACAGCUUGGAGGCACAGAUCGCACGGAAGCGACAGACCAAACGGUCCAUGAACCCGACCGCGCAGCGGGCACCGUUGAACCCUAGUUCGAAAGUUCUCCAGUGUGCUAAUGUUCAUGUCGAUAUGCCUGGCAAGAAUGGUGGGAAGGAGAAUAUUCCGCCUGGAUCAAUCCUCGUCGGGACCAAAAAGAAUUUCAAAUACUCGAAGGUCGAUGAGCUGUACGAACGCAGGCAGAAAGUUGCUUCAAAUGAGACCCAGGCUCGCAGAGCAAAGCACACCUCAAAUCCAGUCAAGACGGUACUAGCUUCCAAGACAAGCAACCAGAUCAUUAGGCACGCAGAGGCCGAAACCAAACCAAGCGAGCCAGAAACAGAACCGACUAAGAGACAGUCGAUCAACGUCAGCAACCAGACGCCAUAUUUCGGUCACAGUGCUUCGCAGAUCAGAGACCCAAAACUUGACACGUCAGCCACGAGCUCAGGUGCGGGGAAAGCAAGUACGUUGCAUGGCCUGGGUGCGAAGUGGCUGGUGAGAAGUUCUUCUAUUAUCCCUAACGAUAUCACGAAGCCGGAAUUGUACGAGGAUGACUGGCUCGGGCACCAGGAGAUAGUAUUGACUCCACUUCUGAACGAGUUAUUCAAAGGCAACGAUAACAACUCAGGGUGUGCAGAUGCCAACAGGCUCAGACAAGAGCUUUUAAAUCUAUACCAAAGAGCUCCCUUUACACAACUGCAGAAACGACUCAAGGCAUCGUUAUUUUAUGGUGCUCUGAGCUUGCCAAAGGAUGCACUCAGUCGUACUAAUCAGAUUUAUCGAGAUUUGGGCCUAAAGCGGAAGUUCCUGGACUUCUGGGUUCAUACCUAUGACCUGGAGGCUUUAAGAGCAGCACUCGAAGUGAUCACAGGGAGAGCCAUUCCAAGCUCGAAGCUGGCCGCGGGAGGUAGAGACGCUGCCCGAGAGAAGGCAAUGAAACGGAAGUUAGAAGGCUUCUUAGACGCCUUUCUCUUGCAGAAUCAGGACAUGGAGCGGCAUCCUCAAGACCGUGAAGGAGAUGAUGGAGAUAUCGCAGGACGCGCAUACCGCCGGACCUUUCUUCGAAGCGUUAUGAUCAUUGUCCUUCUGGACCAAUCCAAGCGAUGCUCGGGGUCGUUGCUACCACAUCUUCUUUUCCAGCCUUCAUCCUUGCAUAAGUCCUCCACUGCUGUAUUGCAGGCGCUAGGCCAGCUGCUAUUGCCAUCAUGCGGCGAUAUUAUCAAGGCACUGCAUCAUUUAGAUUGCCAGCUGUCGUAUGAGCAGCAGCCCUUGGCGGAGUACGAAUUUUGGAUAAGCAAUAUUGCUGUGGAUCUACGUGAUGGAGUGAAGCUGGCACGACUUGUCGAGUUGUUGGUUCUGAAACCAGCUACGCCUGGAGAAGUCGGGGAUCAGAAAUGGCCAUUGUCCAACAGGCUUAAAUUUCCCUGCGUUGGACGAGCAGUGAAGCUGUUCAAUGUGCAAAUCACCUUGGAUACAUUACGUUCAAUCGAUGAAACCCGACAGCUUGUUCACAUGGUGCGUGCGGAAGAUAUAGUCGACGGACACCGUGAGAAGACCCUCCAAAUUCUCAGUGGGCUGGUCAGUACUUGGGGGAUUGACAGGCUCUUGGACUGUGGAGAGCUGAGAAGAGAGGACGCGGAUCUAGAUUCCUUGGAUACCUUGGGAGCAGCUUGCAACGAAAUUAGGCGCUUGCUCAAGGGGUGGGCCAAUCUCCUGGCGGAGAGCAACGGACUACAUCUCGAGAAUUUCAGCACGGAUUUCAGCGAUGGGAAAAUCUAUGAGUGCAUUGUCAAUGAGUAUGGAAACAUACUCGACAGCGAUGAGCAUCUGUGUGAUGACAGCAAGCGAGCAUUUGCCAUGGAGUCUCGCUUACGGGUUUUGGGUUGUAGUGCAGAGCUCGUACGAAUCAUUUGCCCACCUUCUGGUGCACAUAUCCCUGACACUGACUUCACGAUCGGAGUCCUCGCCUUCCUUUGCUCGCGAAUUCUAUCCGCCACCAAACGCGCACCGCAAAGCAAUCUAGAAGACAGAGGCGUCUAAAACAGUAUACAGCCAGAGACAUGGCCUGAGAGCGCCAUGCGCAGAUGACACUGGGAACGCUGGUCAGAGAAUAGCCCGUUCUAUUUCUACACGGCUUCUUAUCUAUUGGUAGAACUGGAAACUACACGAGGAGCAUGAGGCGUUUAUCACGAAGGUCUAGAGGCUUCUUUAUUGAGAAUAGGCUCGAGCCUCAGAGGAGAC